CAUGACUGGCGUAAAGUUUGCCGCCCGAUGUAGACGCAGUUGCCGCAGCUUGCGUGGAUCGGCGUCGAAGUAGCGCCGGUCUCAUCGUCACCAUUUUUUUUAUUCCGGGAACUCCUCGUUUCCCCGCCGUCCGCUGUGAUUGCCGCGAGGCGCCUACGAACAGGAACUGACCGCGACCAGCGAAAAAAAUAAAGCCCGCACUACCUUGAGCGGACUCAAACAAAUCUGGCUCGCGGCCAGGUGUAUCGGCCUCCGUUCACGUUUGUUUAUCGCAGGAACUCUGCGUCCCGCUGCUCGUCUUCCAAGAAGGUGCGUCGUUUUACACAGCGACAUGACAUCGAUCUGGAAAUCGGUGUGGUCUUCUCCCAUGGGACUGCUGGGUCGUCUUCGACAUAAAAAGCUGUCUGAGGAAUGGGUGAACAUCCAGCAGCCGGUGGUGGAGGGCAUCACCUUCUAUGCCAAGUACCUGGGCAGCACCUUGGUUGAGGAGCCUAGUGGUGACAAGGCUACGGCAGAUGCGAUCAAGGCCAUCAUUGCCAUGGCCAAGGCAAGUGGCAAGAAACUGCCCAAGGUGGCCAUUACAGUGUCGCCCAAAGGUAUCUCCACUCGUGACCUAGCCACAGGGGAGCUGCAACUGGAUGUCUCCAUCUACAGGAUCUCAUUCUGCUCAGCCGAUGCCAGCUUUGACCGAGUGGUGGCCUUCAUUGGGACGCACAGCAAUGAGGUGAUGGAGUGCCAUGCAUUCCUCUGUGCUAAGCGAAGAGUUGCCCAAGCGGCCGCUCUCACCAUUUCGCAAGCCUUUCAGGUGGCCUACCAAGCCUGGCAAGGUUCACGACAAGCUGCAGCAGCCUCACAGUGUUUUCGGGCGGGCGGCCGGCGGCUGAUGCCACCUAACCGUAGUACUUAG